GGACAUCAUAAAAUAUUUAAAAAGAAAAUGGAAAUAGAAAAAGGAUCGAAUCCAAUGCGGGAAAUCAAGAUUCAAAAGUUAGUCUUAAAUAUUUCAGUUGGAGAAUCAGGGGAUAGACUAACAAGAGCUGCAAAGGUUUUGGAGCAACUUUCUGGGCAAACACCAGUAUAUUCGAAAGCUCGUUAUACAAUUCGUGCUUUUGGUAUUAGAAGAAAUGAAAAAAUUUCAGUUUAUGUUACAGUUAGAGGAGCUAAAGCUGAAGAGAUUCUUGAACGAGGUCUUAAAGUAAAAGAAUAUGAACUGAAAAGAUCGAAUUUUAGUGAUACGGGUAAUUUUGGAUUUGGUAUUCAUGAGCAUAUUGACUUAAAUAUUAAAUACGAUCCUUCUAUUGGGAUUUUUGGAAUGAACUUUUAUGUUGUUCUUGGCCGACCUGGAUUUCGAGUUUCAAAACGUAGAAGAUGUCGUUCCUCUGUUGGAUCAAAUCAUAAAGUUACAAAAGAAGAUGCUAUUCGAUGGUUUAAGAAUAGAUAUGAUGCAACUGUUUUGAAUCGUUAG